AUGCCAUUCGCCUCUGCAAGCAUCGGCAAGUCGUAUCGCAAUGAAAUUGCCCCACGAUCUGGUUUAAUUCGAACCCGGGAAUUCCUCAUGGCCGAGAUUGAGCACUAUGUCGAUCCGCAGAAAAAGGAGCACAGCCGAUUUCAUGAGGUCACAAGCGUUCAAUUGCCACUUCUUGAUAGAGAAAGUCAACUAGCUGGAAAGACCGAGCCCCGGAUAAUCACGAUAGGCGAAGCAGUAAAGUCCGAGAUCAUCGACAAUGAAACUCUCGGGUACUUCCUCGCAAGGAUUAUGCUCUUUCUCAUCAAAAUUGGAGUCGACCCUACUAAGAUGCGGUUCAGGCAACAUCUUCGGAACGAGAUGGCCCACUAUGCAUGCGACUGCUGGGAUGCAGAAUUACUGACAAGCUAUGGGUGGAUUGAGUGCGUUGGCUGCGCCGAUCGCAGUGCUUAUGACUUGACUGUACAUACAAAUUACACUGGCGCUUCACUCACUGUGAAGGAGGCGCUUCCCGGUGGACCUGUGAAGCUGGAAGAGUGGCAGGCUACGCUUGAUAAGAAGCUCAUUGGCCCACGUUUUAAGCGGGAUGCCAAAGCUGUUCAAGAUAGUCUUGAGGCUCUGGAUCAAAAGACUCUCCAGAGCCUUGCUAUUGAACUUGAGGAAAAGGGAGUCGUGACGGUCGUCACUCGGACAGCACUGUCAACCGGCGAAUCGUCUGUAAAACUCACCAAAGAAUUCUUGACAAUUUCCAAGGCAACCCGGCUGCAAACCACUCGAGAAUACACUCCGAAUGUCGUUGAGCCUUCAUUCGGUAUUGGUCGUAUUAUGUACAGUCUUCUGGAGCAUGUCUUCUGGUGUCGGUCUCAGGAUUCUGCGCGAGCGGUAUUGUCACUGCCAAUUGGUGUGGCACCCACAAAAGUUCUCAUUGUCCCCCUCUCAGCCCACGUCGAAUUCACACCUAUCGUGCGCAAUAUUUCUGCUCGACUGCGCCUUUUAGGAAUUUCUCACAACGUCGACUCGUCAAGUGCAUCAAUUGGAAAGAGAUAUGCCAGAAAUGAUGAGCUCGGUACACCGCUUGGUGUCACAAUCGACUUUGAUACAGUCAAGAACGGCUCCGUUACAUUGAGAGAGCGGGACUCUACCGAACAAAUUCGUGCUUCUGAGGAUGAAAUCCUCCAUGCCGUGGAGAACAUCGUCGGUGGUACUGAGUCGUGGGAGCAGAAGCAUAUUGCUGAGUUUGAUCAGCCUCGGUUCAAGAAAAGUUUCGUACUGCUAGGGCGCAGAAAGAGUGUACUACGGUACCUGAUUUGCUUUGAAAUUGUGGGCGAAAUUGAUUUGUCGAUUAGUAGGGCCCGGCACUUGUUCACCGUUCCUGUCGCUGUCGUCAAGACAUAUCUGACACUCAAUGGUUCCUGGACAUUAUUAAGUGCUCAGGGCUUCGACGAGAAUCUCAUGGAAAUUCACGUCAUCUCACACUCUCUCUCUCUGAAUGACUCUUAUGACUGGAGUACGGCCCUUGAAGAAGAUCUUGGCCGUAAAUUUCACAGGGCAUUGAUGACGGCGGCGGCUAGGAUCGCAUGGCAGAUGAUCACGAAGUACAACUGUUGCGACUCAAUCUGCUUCAAGGCGUCCGUUUCAAGGUUGAUAUCCAUCAGGUGCCACAUCUCUCCGGCGUCUCGCAACCCCAGCUGUGCCUUGGCGUGGCUGGUGCUAGACUGUCUCUGGAAGGAGGUCGCGUGCCGGGCUGCCGUUCCUGCAUUGGCGGCUCCACAAAUCCUAUCUGCUGGGACCGGUGAAUGGUACUUUUGGUCGUCCUCAGCACUUGAGACUGGUUGUAGGAAAAUGCGCUUCUCACGCCUCCUCGCUGGAGCCAGCGUGCUGCUCGGCUCGACCCAUGGCCUUAACAUCCUCAUGAAUAAUGACGACGGAUUUGGCUCAGCCAACCUACGGGAGUUUUACAAAGUUCUCAAGAGCAAGGGGCAUAAUGUCUGGAUCGUAGCCCCGGCUGUUCAACAAAGUGGCCAAGGCGGGCGUUCCGACUUCACCACCUACCCGAACCUCACUUCACCGGCCCAAUACGGCAUCAUCCCCACCGGUGCACCCUCAGUGGGCCCAGAUCCCAUCGACAGUCACAUCUGGUACUACAAUGGCACGCCAGCUGCCUGCACAUUUGUCGCGCUGGACUAUGUCCUACCCAACUUCGCAAACUUCUCUGUACCGGACCUCGUCGUCACGGGCCCCAACUAUGGCACAAAUCUAGGUCCCUUCGUCUGGACGCUCUCAGGCACAGCGGGCGCCGCAUACGCCGCUACCUCGCGUUCUAUUCCGGCCAUUGCCUUCAGUGCGUCUAACAGCGCGCUGGAUUACCGCAACAUCACCAACUCGACCAACGAGUACACCUACGUCGCCCAGUUGUCUGGUAAAAUUGUCGACGCCUUCGUCAACUCUUCGUCCCCGGGGGAGCCCGUCUUGCCACUUGGUUAUGGCGCCAAUGUUAACUACCCCAAGUUAAAUGCCAACUGGUCCGGAAUCCCCAUCCUCCAGACAAGGAUGACCGGCGAGGCAGAGACAGAUGAGGCCGUGCCAGUGGAGAGCAAUCCUGGCACGUUCACGUGGGGCAAUAUUGACCCCUUGUCGGCUGGUGUGAACGAGUGUAUCAAUGGAGAUUGCAGCAUGACCGGUGAGACGGAGGCUGUGAACGAUGGAUUUGUUGCUGUUGCCAUUUAUGCAAACAGGGGCCACGAAAAGAAGGCGGUUCUCAUAAUGUACAUGAGAGCCGGCGUCCCGCACAAACAAAAACCCCAAAUGGUGGAUGUCAAUUCCCUCCGCGGGCUGUCAUCGCACUUCCACCUCUGCAUCGAGUCUCAUUUUGGCCUCGUUUCGGCCUCUGCAACAUUCGCUGCCUAG